AUGGCAUCGACGUCACAGGCUCGGGGCUGGUCGUCUCUCCCGACGGACGUGCUCGUCCUGAUUCUGGGGAGUCUGCGGUGGUCGAGCCACCCGAGCGUCGCGUUGGUGUGCCGGCACUGGCGCUCUGCCGCGUCGCUCUGUCCCUUUUACCCGGCGUGGAUCACUCCGCUCCUGCUCAACACCGCCGAGGUUGGCACCGCCAACAUCCGAUACUAUAGCCCCUACUACGAUAAGAAUUUCGAGGUCGAUGACACUCUCAAGGUGCCUGGCGCGAAGAUUUGCUGCUCCACGGGACGGCACCUCAAGAUGUGCGCGGACAAAGCCUUGGUGUAUGAUAUCGACCUUGUCACCGGCGCCCUCGUUGAAGUAUUGCCGCAAGAACCUUAUAUGUUGUUUAAUUUUGUCGUCUCCGACCGUGAUGAUGAGAGGCUAUUUGGUGUCAAGGCAACUAUCACCAUCAAGGUUGCUAGCUCCAUUCGACACACCAGUGAUGAGUGGGAGGGCUGGAAGUCGACGGAGAAUCAUCUCUACUGUCCACGGCUUCGGGCAUCACCAGUCACCAACCCUGUCCUCCAUAACGGUUUGCUAUACCUUCUUGCUCAAGACGGGAAAUUGGUGGUGUAUAAUCCUUGCAGGCCUGAUGAAGGGUUUGAGAUUCUUAACAAGCCCAACGGCUUCGGAUUCAAAUGUGAAGACAGCUACUUGGUCGAGUCCAAUAAAGGUGAGUUGAUGGUUGUACUAAUAGGACGCCGUGGGAAGGUUGUCCAUGUUGUCAAGCUUAAUGAUCAAACGAUGGAGUGGGAGGAGGUAGAGAGCUUGCAAGGCCAAACAAUAUUCACUGGAUCGCUGACGACGAUGAUGAAGAGGUCCAAAUUUAAGUGGAUGCAGAAUAUGAUAUUCCUUCCAAGAUUCUAUAAGUGGCCUGAGACCGUCCACGUUGAUCUUGUUGCUCGCGAUGGCCAAUUGGCAUUCGUACCAAAGUUACCGUUCUGCGCAGAUACGUACCUUGAAACAUGUGGUUCAAACAUUUGGUCUUAUGAAUUAGCAUACGGAGCAGCAACAAAAGAAUAUUGGGGGACAGAAAGGGCAGAUUACAGUACAUGGGUUGACUUUGGUGAUAAUUGA